AUGGCGAGGACACGGUCGGCCAAGCCCUCAACAGCGGCUCCGGCAGCUGAUGCCGACUCGUCGAAAUCGAAAUCGGCCAUCACUCUCGUCCCUCACUCCGGCGAGCCUCCCAAGGUCUUCAUCCUCCCGUCAAAGGCGACCCCCGAAGCUCGAAUCGUCACCCUCCCCAACCCUCGAACCUCACAGCCCUCACGAUACCUCGUAUGUCCCGAUACCGGCAUCUACGAAUUCAAACGGAUAGCCGUUCCUAAAACGGAACCGCGAAGCUGGCUCAUCGAAGCAAGUCCCAACCUCGAUGAAGCCGAGAAUGGUGACGCUGCAGGGCCGGGCUCCCAAGUGACAAUGGGAUCAGAGCUCUUCGUGGCCACCGCCCUGGAUCCCCUCUUCUUGGUUCUGCCGGCAUUGGCCGAUGCAAAGGCAUCCAAAGGAUCAGAGAAGCCGAAGCGACUGUUUCUGUCCAGCGACGACCACCUGGAUAAGCUGCCGCAGGAAAGCUCGCAUCUAUCCGAAAUUCUGCGUUGGGACACGACGCGACGGCUGAUAGAGAGCCGGAUGAGCGCAGUCUGCGACACAGUCGAUGCAGGAGAUGAGCAAAUGUUUCGGCUGAACGAGGAGAAGCUUUUGGAAGUCAUCUAUCAGAAAGCCAAGAGGAUGAGCGAGAGCGGCUUCCCACCGAGCAUGGAAGAGAAAUUUGUGAACAAAGUCCUCGAAGCACCGCUUAUGCAUCGGGUGUCCACGGUAUCAAGCGCAGAGACGGAUGCUUCGUCUAUAUCUCAAGCAAGCACGGCGGCAACAUCCGUUGCAGAGCAAGCAGAUGAGAGCAUUGUCAGCGCUCUGCAAGCUUCGCCGGAAAUCGUCAAGCUGCAAAAGCUCAAGACGGCCUUCGAAUUCAUCUGCGCAAGCUACGUGCCUCCCGGACUAGCGGAUACUCUCAAGCAGAGCUUCACAGGGGCAGGCGGGCCGGUGGAUUUCUCUCGCUUGAACGACUAUAUUGCGAGCCUCGAGAAGCUGCGGUCUGAAACGCUGGCCGUGAGGGCGCAGGACUAUUCUCGCAAGCGAAACCUGGAUGAAGAAGAGGACGAGGCUCGGAUGGAGAAGAAGAGAAGGAUGGAAGAGGAGAAGAAGAAAAAGGCCAGCGAGAGCCGGGGUGUCAGAGAGCUCAAAAAGGUCAACACAAGCGGGAUGAAAAAGCUAAGUCACUUCUUCCAGAAGAAAUAG